ACAACUUUUCAAAUAUAUUUUAUUUGUUUAUAUUUCUUUGACGGCAGUACAGUGAAAAUUCGAAGCCGCCGAUUACUUAGUGUCAGUUGCAGUUUCAAACUUCAAUGAGAAAGUCAUUGCGUCAGUUUGUGGAGUGUACACUUUCUUUUUUCUUAAAGUAACCAAGUUUUAGUUGUUGUGCCUUAAAUUAAUUUAGUUUCGGGUUUGGCGUUUAUUGGAAUAGUCAAGAUAUCAGUGAAUAGUUCAAAAUAAAUUAAUAUAAAAAAAUAUUAUAAACAUAUUCAAUAGAAAUGUUCACUAAAAGAGCUCAUUUAUUGAAUUGGAGCAAUUCUAAAUUAUACAACAAUAACAAUAAUUUAACCACAAAAUGUUGUUUAAGUCAUAAUGAAUGCACGGAACUGUGUCUACAAGUUGCCACAAAUGUAACAGAACAAAAACAUCAUGUAACGAGAGAAAUAAGAGGAAAGAAUUUAGGUUUAUGUCGAGGGUUUCGAGGAUGCACUGUUUGGUUAACCGGACUGAGUGGUGCCGGCAAAACUUCAAUUGCCUUUGAAUUAGAGGCUUAUCUAGUGUCACGUGGCAUUCCUGCAUACGGCCUUGAUGGUGAUAAUAUACGCACAGGUUUGAAUAAAAAUCUAGGUUUUACACCGGCAGAUAGAGAGGAAAAUAUACGUCGUGUUGGUGAAGUAGCAAAAUUAUUUGCUGAUAGUGGCGUUGUAGCGAUUUGCAGUUUUGUUUCACCAUUUGCGGAUGACCGUGAAUUAGUGCGGAAAAUACAUAAAGACUCGGAUCUUAAAUUUUAUGAAGUCUAUGUAGAUACACCUUUGUCAGUGUGUGAGACGAGAGAUGUUAAAGGCUUAUAUAAAAAAGCUAGGGAAGGUAUUAUUAAGGGAUUUACUGGUAUAACGCAAGAAUAUGAAGUUCCACAACAUCCAGAAAUAGUAGUAAGCACAGAUGGGUUUACGAUACAGGAAUCUACACAAAAAGUGAUACAUCUACUAGAAGAAGAAGCGAUAAUACCUAAAACCUUGCGAGACAUCAAUCAACUUCCUGAACUCUUCAUAGAUUCAAGUCGCACAGAAGCAGCUUUGCACGAAAUAAAAUCUUUAAAAACAAUUCCUAUCACUAAAAUAGAACUGCAAUGGUUGCAAAUUUUAUCAGAAGGUUGGGCAUAUCCUUUAAAAGGAUUUAUGCGUGAACAAGAAUACCUUCAAACUUUGCAUUUUAAUUCCAUAUUAACGGAAGAUGGUGCCUUCCGUGAAAAUCAAUCGGUGCCUAUUGUAUUAUCUGUAUCAGCUGAUGCUAAAGAGAAAUUAGAUGGUGUCUCUGCGCUAGCUCUUACUUACAAUGAUAAAGCUAUAGCUAUUCUACGCAAACCUGAAUUUUAUUAUCAUCGAAAAGAAGAACGAUUAUCUCGUCAAUUUGGUACAAGCAAUCCUAAUCAUCCAUAUGCUAAAAUGGUCUUUGAAUCAGGUGACUAUUUAGUUGGCGGUGAUUUAGAAGUUCUUGAAAGAGUUCGCUGGAAUGAUGGUUUAGAUCAAUAUCGCUUAACUCCAAAUGAGCUGAGACAGAAAUUUGCUGAUAUGCAGGCUGACGCUAUAUUUGCAUUUCAAGUAAGUACAUAAUAUAUUCAAAAAUGCAUAUUUUAUUUUAUU